GGUUGAGACUGACAGAGGCCUACGUUUUCCAGGAACUGCUCUCCAGGGAGUCUGUCUAGUAGCCACCAUGUCCGGGAGGAACAACAACAAGCUGCCCAGCAACCUUCCGCAGUUACAGAACCUGAUCAAGCGGGACCCGCCGGCCUAUGUCGAGGAGUUCCUUCAGCAAUAUAAUCACUAUAAAUCCAAUAUGGAGAUUUUCAAGUUACAACCCAAUAAACCCAGCAAAGAACUCGCAGAGCUGGUGAUGUUCAUGGCACAGAUUGGCCACUGCUACCCGGAGCAUCUCAGUGAGUUCCCGCAGGAGCUGAAGGACCUGCUCUCCUACAACCACACUGUCCUGGACCCCGAUCUCCGCAUGACAUUUUGCAAAGCGUUGAUCUUACUGAGAAAUAAGAACCUCAUCAAUCCAUCGGAUCUGCUAGAGCUCUUCUUUGAGCUGCUGCGCUGCCGUGACAAGCUCCUGCGGAAGACUCUGUACACACAUAUUGUGACUGACAUCAAGAACAUCAACGCCAAACACAAGAACAACAAAGUGAACGUGGUGCUGCAGAACUUCAUGUACACCAUGCUGAGAGACAGCAAUGCAACCGCAGCCAAGAUGUCUUUGGAUGUGAUGAUUGAACUCUACAGAAGGAACAUCUGGAACGAUGCCAAAACUGUCAAUGUUAUUACAACUGCAUGUUUCUCCAAGAUCACCAAGAUAUUAGUUGCUGCUUUGACGUUCUUCCUCGGAAAAGAUGAGGAAGAGAAGCAGGACAGUGACUCAGAGUCCGAGGACGACGGGCCCACAGCGAGAGACCUGCUGGUGCAGUAUGCCACGGGAAAGAAGGGCUCCAAAAACAAGAAGAAGCUGGAAAAGGCCAUGAAAGUGCUGAAGAAACAAAAGAAGAAGAAGAAACCAGAAGUGUUUAACUUUUCAGCUAUUCACCUGAUUCAUGAUCCCCAAGACUUUGCAGAGAAGCUUCUGAAGCAGCUGGAGAGCUGUAAGGAGAGGUUCGAAGUGAAGAUGAUGCUCAUGAACCUCAUCUCCAGAUUGGUGGGCAUUCACGAGCUUUUCCUCUUCAACUUCUACCCUUUCGUGCAAAGGUUCCUGCAGCCCCACCAGAGAGAAGUCACGAAGAUCCUUCUGUUUGCUGCACAAGCCUCUCAUCACCUGGUGCCCCCAGAGAUUAUUCAGUCCUUGCUCCUGACGGUGGCCAACAAUUUUGUCACUGACAAGAACUCUGGGGAAGUCAUGACCGUAGGAAUCAAUGCUAUAAAAGAGAUCACAGCACGAUGUCCUCUGGCCAUGACUGAAGAACUUCUUCAGGACCUGGCUCAGUAUAAGACACACAAAGACAAGAAUGUAAUGAUGUCUGCCAGAACUCUGAUCCAUCUCUUCCGGACACUGAACCCUCAGAUGCUGCAGAAGAAGUUCCGGGGCAAACCCACCGAAGCCUCCAUCGAAGCAAGGAUACAAGAAUAUGGAGAACUAGAUGCCAAGGACUACAUCCCGGGAGCAGAGGUUCUAGAGCUGGAGAAGGAGGAGAAUACAGAAAACGAUGAAGAUGGAUGGGAAAGUGCCAGCCUCAGUGAAGAGGAGGAGGAUGGUGAGUGGGUUGAUGUGCACCACUCUUCUGACGAGGAACAGCAAGCAGUUGCCAAGAAGCUGGACAGCAUGCCCAUGGAGGAGCGGAAAGCCAAAGCCGCCGCCGUCAGCACCAGUCGGGUCUUAACGCAGGAUGACUUCCAGAAAAUCCGCAUGGCCCAGAUGAAGAAGGAAAUGGAUGCUGCCCCGGGGAAAGCCCAGAAAAGGAAAUACUUGGACAUCGACAGUGACGAGGAGUCCAGGGGGGAGUUGCUGUCUCUUCGGGACAUUGAACGCCUUCAUAAAAAGCCCAAGUCCGACAAGGAGACGAGACUAGCAACCGCAAUGGCUGGAAGGACAGACCGAAAGGAGUUUGUGAGGAAGAAAACCAAAAUAAAUCCAUUUUCCAGUUCCACAAAUAAAGAGAAGAAAAAGCAGAAGAACUUCAUGAUGAUGCGGUAUAGCCAGAAUGUCCGGUCAAAAACAUCACGCUCCUUCCGGGAGAAGCAGCUAGCACUGCGAGAUGCACUUCUGAAAAAGAGGAAAAGAAUGAAGUAACUCGUCAGCAAGUUAGACAUUUCCUGCCCAGUGCUGUGUGUACCAGCAUGCCAAAAAUUAGUAAAUCUUUGCUUACAUUAAAAAGUCAAGGAACGCUAUAUUUUGUAAACCACA